AUGUCAACAUCUGCAUCCUCGUCCAGUGCAUCUGCUGCAUCCUUCUCAUCAAAACCUGCAAUAUCAAAUUCACAAGCAUAUAACAAUUACAAGAACAUUCGAUUUAGAUUAAUUCCACAUGUACUAAUAACCUUCUUACAUAUAACACUUUCUACACUUUGUUUAUUUUAUUUGCCACACGGACAUCUUUUUGAUGAUCCAUUAGAAAGUUUAAAUGUUACCAUCAAGUUACUUUUCAUUGAACAAAUUUUAUGCGAAACAAUCAGGUGGUUUGCAUACUUGGAAUACGAAGAGAAGAUUGGCAGAGAUCAGACAAACAAUGGAUUUACAGCAAAGAUUUAUAUUUUUAUGGCCGUUAUAUUAACAUUUUUUGGUGCAUGUUGUUAUCACAUUGUUGCUAUAUUUUUUGGCGCUCCUAUGAUUGAUGAUGUUCUAUAUACUUGGUUAUUUGGAUUAUACAUGUCAUUACUCACCACAUUUCCAUCAGCCUCAACAUUAAAGAACCAUAAAUCUUUAUGGAUAAAAGUAUUUCCUGAUUACAGUCCUGAAUCAAUUCCUGAAAUAAUGAUAUUUUAUUCUACAUUUUCUACGAUUAUUGGAGCUUGGUUAAGUGGAUCUGUGAUUGUUUUGGAUUGGGAUAGACCAUGGCAGAAAUGGCCUAUUCCUUGUGUUAUUGGUGGAUAUUUAGCAAGUCCCAUAAAGGUUUAUCUUUUCCAAAUUUGUUUGGAUAUGUGA